AUUUAUAGUUCCACCGGGCGGGACGGCGGAAGGAUAUGGGACUUGCUGCCUAUAUAGCCCGCUCCAUUGCCCUUUGUGUAUUAUAACCUGAGACAACCGAGGGAGUAGCGCUGUUAAACACCGGUGGGAAUCAUUUGUUUUGUCAAAAUGCAGAUCUUUGUGAAGACGCUGACUGGUAAGACCAUCACUUUGGAGGUUGAGCCCAGUGACACCAUUGAAAAUGUCAAGGCUAAGAUUCAGGAUAAGGAGGGCAUCCCUCCUGACCAGCAGCGUCUGAUCUUUGCCGGCAAGCAGCUGGAAGAUGGCCGCACCCUCUCCGACUACAACAUCCAGAAAGAGUCCACCCUCCAUCUUGUGCUCCGUCUGAGGGGAGGCAUGCAGAUCUUUGUCAAGACCCUGACUGGCAAGACCAUCACCCUGGAGGUGGAGCCAAGUGACACCAUCGAGAACGUGAAAGCUAAGAUUCAGGAUAAGGAGGGCAUCCCUCCUGACCAGCAGCGUCUGAUCUUUGCUGGCAAACAGCUGGAAGAUGGCCGCACCCUCUCCGACUACAACAUCCAGAAAGAGUCCACCCUCCAUCUUGUGCUCCGUCUGAGGGGAGGCAUGCAGAUCUUUGUCAAGACCCUGACUGGCAAGACCAUCACCCUGGAGGUGGAGCCCAGCGACACCAUCGAGAAUGUCAAGGCUAAGAUCCAGGACAAGGAAGGCAUCCCUCCUGACCAGCAGCGUCUGAUCUUUGCUGGCAAGCAGCUGGAAGAUGGCCGCACCCUCUCCGACUACAACAUCCAGAAAGAGUCCACCCUCCAUCUUGUGCUCCGUCUGAGGGGAGGCAUGCAGAUCUUUGUCAAGACCCUGACUGGCAAGACCAUCACCCUGGAGGUGGAGCCAAGCGACACCAUCGAGAACGUGAAAGCUAAGAUUCAGGAUAAGGAGGGAAUUCCCCCUGACCAGCAGCGUCUGAUCUUUGCCGGCAAACAGCUGGAAGAUGGCCGCACCCUCUCUGACUACAACAUCCAGAAAGAGUCCACCCUCCAUCUUGUGCUGCGUCUGAGGGGAGGCAUGCAGAUCUUCGUCAAGACCCUGACUGGCAAGAGGGGAGGCAUGCAGAUCUUCGUCAAGACCCUGACUGGCAAGACCAUCACCCUGGAGGUGGAGCCCAGCGACACCAUCGAGAACGUCAAGGCUAAGAUCCAGGAUAAGGAAGGCAUCCCUCCUGACCAGCAGCGUCUGAUCUUUGCUGGCAAGCAGCUGGAAGAUGGCCGCACCCUCUCUGACUACAACAUCCAGAAGGAGUCCACCCUCCAUCUUGUGCUGCGUCUCCGUGGAGGAAACUAAUCUGCUUCUGCUAAAAGAAUUCCCACUUAACCCACCAUCUGUUCCAGUGUUUAAAUCGCUCGUUCUCCUCAAGCAGUCAGGCAUUCCUUUUUAAUUUUUUUUUAUUUUAUUCGAGUUACAAUAAAGGUUGAGCAUUCCUGAAUUUUGCUUUCAUUUGCUUUUAAUUUCACUUUGCAUUUUGAACUGCUUAGCUGACAGUGGUGUGUUUUUGGGUUCCACAAUGUGAUUUGAGAUUAAAAAAAUAUGCACAAACAUGAUGUUAAAAUGAUAAUAUUGGAAACAUGUUUAAGUAGUGCAACAUUGAUUAGAAGUUCACAAACCGGUUUAAAUCGUCAGUUUGGUAGAUGGAAGUGUUCACUGUAUUUCAUUGCAACCGUCAAAGCAAAAUCUCCAUGGAAACACUGCUGUUACAAAUGAUAACUAAUAAAAUGGCUUCUCACCAUAA